AAAUGACCAAAACACUUCAUUGGUUUUUACCCUUCUGCCUAAAGCUUUGAUAUCCCUGCUUGAUGUUCUGUGAAUUCACUGUUUAAUCUCUUAAGUAAAAUAAUAAACAGUCCUGGUGACAUACAAUCUAUUGAUUUAGAGGAAAGGCCCUGAAAAAGUAUUGGAAACUAACUUUAGAUAUACUCUUAGCUAUCAUUUCGCAUCGUGGGCUUCAUGGGAAGAACAUGUUGCAUUUAUUUUGUCUUUAUUAAAAGACUACUAGCCACAAGUUACUCUGAUUGUAGUAACUGUUUUAUCAACCUGCUUUGAUCUUCUUUUAAAAAUUAAAUUUACAUUCACAAUUCAAAACAGUAAGCUGUCUUUCAGAACUAAUUUUUGAAGGAUAAAAAUAUAUGAAGGAAAAACAUGGCCUGUGUAGGUUGCAUUCCCUACACAGGACUUAACUAGUUGUAUCACCUCAAGAGAUUUUAGAGUUUGUGAUCAAGGUCUGUAUAUUACCCCAAAUUUUAUUAAGAAUUGUUUUCUAAUUGGUUAUAACAUUUUUCAAUUAAUAAUUUCAAAACAAAUUGUUAAUACAAACUGUAUAAAAUGAACAUAAUUUUCUUCACUUGUAUUUUUGUUAUUGAGCAAGUUUAUCAAAAUAAAUUGUCUACUAAAGAAACUAAAAAGGCUUCUAUUGCUUUGAAAUAAGCUUUGAUUUUAAGAUUUUACUUCAGAAGUUGAAUUCUUACAGAGGUUUUACCUAUUCACACAGUGACAGUGCCGUGCCUCUUUGUUUUGUUUUAGCAUCGGGCAGGGGGAAGGUCUCUGUCUCUUUUUACACUCCUGCUCCCAGCUCCUUCCUUGGCAAGAGAUGCCAUUAUUCUAGAGUGUAGAUGAGGCCAGAUUUACCAAUAAGAAGAGUCACUCCGCAGUAAAAAAAAAACAAACAACAACAAAAAAAACACAUAUACACACGUAUGUGGCUUUCUCUUCUGCAUCAUAUUUUUAUGGACUGGGAGAGAUCUACUGAGCCAAGCCCCUCAAAGCCAGCCGUCUUGUGUUUCUUCCUCACACAUAGACCUAAGCCAUUCAUCUUUGCUUCUGUUUCUACUUCACUGCAGGCCAAAGGAUCUUAACUUCUAAGAUUUUUAGAUUGGGGUUGAAGGAGAGUACAGAGUCUCUAGACUCAACCAUGUGCUCCAUCACAGCUUUACUGCACCUUUCUCGAGGGGUCUUGGGAUAAGCCCAGCUGAGUAAUAGCUAAUAAUCAAAUAAAGCACUGCAUUUACUCUUUGCUGCUGUUUCUCCUUUAUAUGGCCUUUACAGGAGCCUCAUGGGGAGUGUGAAGAUAAAGACAAGAUAGCAUUUGGACAUCCUUGAGUUCUGGAUCAUGAAGGCAUCUUAUCUUCUUAGGGUGGCCAGUCAUCCCCAUUUGCCUGAGACUGAGGGGUUCCCUGGGACAUGAGACUUUCAGGCCUAUAACUGGGAAAGUUCCGUGCAAAAGGGAUGAGCUGAUCACCCUAUCUUUAUACCAUCCAAAUCUAUCCUGAUGUAUAACACAGGUAUUUGAAGAGUUCCGUAAAUAUUAAUCGAUAGAUCAAUUGGAAAUUGUAAUAGUAGACUUCCACUGAACUUAUAAGACAGCGGGAGAAAACACUUUUCCUUCUUUUUGGUAAUAAUUUAGGAAAAAACAGACUGGCUUUAAAAACAGUAACAUGAAGGCACCUGACUGGCUCAGUCGGUAAAGCAUACAAUUCUUGAUCUCAAGGUUGUGAGUUCAAGCCCCAUGUUGAGCAUAGAGCCUCCUUAAAAAACAACAGCAACAAAAACCAUAAUAACAUGAGUCCAAAAACACAUUUUGACUUAGUCUUGCACUAACUCUGUUCUAACCACCGUAUGAGAAGAUUUUAGGAAAAAUACCAAGACUAAAGGACUGGGUUCCUCUUAUGCAAAGUCAACUCUUCUGGGUCACAGUUACCCAGCAACAAAGUAAAAGAGGAGAAAACAAUGGGAUGGCAUUUUCAAGCACAUUCAAGUUUUCUACAAUUCAGUCCCAGUUCCACUCACAGACUUAUGACCACCCAAUAUUAAAUUUCAAGAAGAGAUUUCUCAUGAGACUCAUAAGAUUGUAGAGCUGGAUGAAAUCUAAAAGAGCAUAUCCAGUGUUAACUUGUUCGAGAUGAAGAAAAUGAAGGUCAAGGCCUCAGAAAAGUAUACCGACUUUCCCAAAGUCACACAACCAGCAGAGCCCUCAACCCAGGAGAAAAUGCCUUUGACAAAUAGUCAUUGGGCAGUUGACCUAGGACAGCUGUUCUGGUCUACAGCCGUCUGAACCAGUCUUCCUUCAACUUCGAUCUACUUCGAUCCACCCAAAUAACUUCUGCCAAAAUAAUCUUAACACGAAAGCAUAUCGUUUCUUUUGAGUUCCUGUCAUUCCUAAUCUGCAGAAUGAAGUCCCAUCUUCGUUAACAUAGCUUCAUGAUCUGGCUUUCAGUUUUGUUUUUUCCCCACCACUGUAUCUUUUUUUUUUUUUUUUUUGUAGUUUUAUGAUUUUAUUAACACAAAUACAAUGUGCACGUAAGCUGCUUGUCCAUUCAUUUUCUUCGCUGGCACAGCCUGGCAUUAGGAUUGGUGACUCUAAUGGACAGUUGGGCUGCUCUUUCCACAGUGGCCUUGUGGUUCUAGGAGGAGACAGUCUUACCACUGUAUCUUUUCAUCCUACGCGGACAAGCCAGCUAUUCUCCCUUCUUUCACUGCACCUGCUCUUUGUCUUAGUUGUGGCUGCACUACCUCCUUCUCACAGUUUUCCCUAAUACCUCUCAUAUUUGCAACAUAUUUAAGUUUUUUGUGCUUUCUCUCUUUGUUUAUACCUCUGUAAAAGAACUUAUUUGGGGCAAGUAGAGUGCCUGGAUUCAAAUCCUGCUUCCAAAAUUCUAGCUGUGUGACCCUUGAUAAAUCACUUAGCCUCUGUGAGCCUUGGUUUUUUUCACCUAUAGAAUGGGGCUAAUGUCGUAGGGUUACUGUCGGUUCAAAUGAGAAAACAAGGAGAGCACCGGGCACAUAGUAAGCGUUCAAAUGUUAAUUGCUGCUGUUCUUAUUUAUAAAUACUUCUUGAUCACUGGAUUACAAACUCUUGAAUGCAAGGAAUGUGGCUUUCUCAUUUUCCUUAGAGACCUGGCACAGUGAUUUACAUGUGAACUGAAUUAUCAUAAUUAAAUUUGGGGCUAGGUUACAAAGAAAAAUUAUGAAACUGUAUUUGAAAGACCUAAUCGCCUGUCUGCCAGGAUCAUUUCAGUGAAAUCCUUCGUAAAAGCAGAGGCUUUCCUAGAUCAGCCUUUCAUAAGUAAGUGUGGUUAUUUUAUUGGUAAGUAUUUGACCAUGUAAUACGCCAGUUUCUUUAGGAUGUAAGACCUAAGACCAUUACUACUCAAGACCCUUUGUGGACUCAAGACCCUUUACUACUGAAUUCACAGUGCUCUCAUGUGGACACUAAUGCAAAAAGGACCAGGAUGAUGCAAGCACCCUGUUGAUCCUGAGAUAACUCUCUGGAGGCUUCUUUCAAGCUUUUGGGUCUCAGCUAUCUAGAAGCCACAGAUUUGUGAGACAUCAACUAUUCCAGCCUGGAUGGUGCAGUAGUUCAUGUCCAUCCCACACUCGGGCCAUGGCGAAGUUUGGUGAGCUGGGAAGACUUUCUCCCUGGAGUGAGGAUGCAUUUCCUCUUAGACCUUGGCAUCUCAAAGUGUUGCUACCAAACAGUAGGUCUCUAACUCCCCCUGAUUUUCAGAUACCUGAUUUCUUGACCUCUGUCUCUGUCAGUAACAAUGACCUUUCAGUAUUGGGUUUUGCUUCUUGUAAAAUGUUGAAAAAAUCUAUGUAUCCUGGAGCAAUGGGAAUGGUGAGGGUAUUAAACUACAUGUCUUGGGCCUUCAUGUCUUCCAAAAUGGUGUCUCAAAGCUAGCCAGCCCCUUCUACCCCCAGGAUUUCCAGUAGGGUGGACACAAGGCCCCUCACCUCUUGUUCACAGACUAGCUAUUGAUUGGUUGCUUUCGGCCUUUUCUGACUUCCUUACCUCUCUCUGAUCUCCCUCCUCUCCUGCCUUGUUGGGUGUCGACGAAAUGCCCUUCCAAAUGCCACACUACUCUCUGCCCACAGUAACGGGUAGGUAAACAAUGUCGAUUUUGGGGGGAUUUGUUGUUUCCCAUCUGGCCAAAGGAGCCACUAGUAGUGUCAACAUUGGAAGAGGUACUCUGCUGUAUGAUGGUUACCACAAGUAGCACAUGCUCUAAAUUAUAAAAUCAAAGGUUCAUAAAGUGAAGAUAGUGAUUUGAGAAAUUACUUAGAUGAACUAAGUAGAGAUCUCCUAGCCUCUUACAAGCUGGUAGACAUUGGGUACAUCACUUCUCUCUUGACUUCCAUAAAAGGAGUUGAGUUGAAGAGGUCCCCAACUAUGGGCCAAGGGCUGGUUACAUCACAAUCACCUGGGACCAUUGUUAAAGAUUCCUGUUCCCACACUCUACCACAGUUCUGUACCAGUCUCCCAAAUGCAAGUGGCGAGCUUCACUGUGGAGUCGCUUGGAGGAGCUUAGAGGAAGUGGGAGCCAGGAAAAGCAGAGACCUCUCCUCUCCCAGAGAUGGAGAAAUAAGUGAAGAAAUGCAGGUGAGGGAAAAUAAGCGUUGGGUGUUUUUAUAAUGGCUACAGAAACUAGUCAUGUCUUCCAUGGUCAAGAUGAUAAGUUUCUGGAAAACCACUGUGUAAGGAGAAACAAUGACAGAGAUUCAAAGAAGCACUUGGACCAGAAGGAUAUCCAUGGACUCAGCCAAAAUCCAGACAACGGACUACUGGUUACACAUGUUAACCAGACACAGGAUUUACUGAGGCUACAGGGAGACGAGACCCAACCUUCAGCUUGGGAGGACCCGGAAGACUGGCUUUCCACGCACAGUUUACAGUUUGAGAGGCUCACCUUGGCUGACCUGAUUAGCCAGGGCACCACAGUACUGGAGGAGGGCAGCGAUGUCAUGAGGAAAGUGCACUUCUCCACCCAGAUGAUCCACCAAUUUGAAUCAAAGCUUUCUGGAGCUAUUGAACUCUAUCAACAGAGAAUCCAGUGGCUCACAGAAAGCAGCAGGAAGGCAUUUGGCCUCAUCAAGGGAGCCAGAGUUGGCAUCAUCGUUGAUGUGUCCGCCAUUGGCAGUGGCUCUCAAAAAGAGGAGUUCCAAAAUGACCUCCUGAGCCUCAUUGAUGAGCAGCUGAGCCACAAGGAGAAGCUGUAUGUCCUGUCCUUCGGCACCAGCACCAGUGCCCUCUGGCCAGACCCCGUGGAAGUCAGCCCCUCCACCCUCCAGGAACUCAAGCUCUGGGUGAAGAAGCUCCAGCCUGAUGGGGGCAGCAAUCUGCUACAAGCCCUGAGGAAAAUCUUCACCCUGAAGGGACUGAAUUCUCUGGUGAUCAUAAUGGGCAGCUGCCCAGAUCAGCCUUCUGAAAUUCUGUCCAACUACAUCCAACAGUCCACUGUGGGACGGGACCUCAUCACCCGCAUCAUCACCUACAAAUGCAACGAUCAGGUGCCCCCUGCUGUCCUAAAGAACCUUGCAGAAGCUCUUGGGGGCUACUAUCACUGCUAUAGCACAGAGACGGAGGUCUAUACCAGUUGGGACAUGGACCAGCUCCUGGCAGAAAUCCAGAAGGCCCAGAGCCUCCUGAGCCACAUCCAAGCCUUGUGCAACAGGACCCCCUAUGAGGAGCUAACGGGCAUGAUGAAGGAGAUUUCCACAGAGACUGCAAAAGGGCCACUCACAGGUCUCUUGCCUAAACCCCCAAAGCAUGAGGGUCCCCUCACAAUUGAGUUCCCAAACUUGGAGAAGACUUCUGCAGAAUGGCUAAAGAUCAAUGGCCUAAAAGCCAGAAAACUAAGUCUUUAUCAGGUUCUGGCACCCAAUGCAUUCUCUCCCGUGGAGGAAUUUGUGCCUAUUCUCCAGAAAACAGUAUCUUCAUCUAUCUAUGAGAAGGCAAUGGUACAAUUUGAAUGGCAUGAUGGGACAGUGAAGAAUGUUCAUGUGGAUCCGCCCUUCCUCUAUGAGUACCAGAAACAGCUCAGCAGAGCUAUGCGGAUGUAUGAGAGGCGGAUCGAGUGGCUCUCCUUGGCCAGCAGAAGAAUCUGGGGCACCGUCUGUGAAAAAAGGGUGGUUAUACUGCUGGAUAUCUCUGUGACCAAUUCCAUGUACAUUAUUCAUAUCCAGCACUCCCUGCGGCUUCUGCUGGAGGAGCAGUUGUCCAACAAGGACUGCUUCAACCUCAUCGCGUUUGGAAGCACAAUAGAAAGCUGGAGGCCAGAGAUGGUUGCCGUGAACCACGAAAACUUGCAGAGCGCCUGGCGGUGGGCCCUGACUCUGCAGUGUCACGGCAGCAGGAACGUCCUCAGCGCCCUGCGGAAGGCUGUGGAAGUGGAUUUCAACGACAAAGACGGUCACCAAUCUCAGGGCAUCUACCUCUUCACAGGGGGCAUCCCUGACCAGGACGUGCCCAUGCUCAGCGCCUACAUGGCUGAGGCCUGUGGGGGCUGCGAUCUCCAGCUGAACAUAUGUCUCUUCUACGUGGGCGAGCCCCAGAUGGACAUCAUGCCCCCUGCCCGCUAUGCCAGCCGCACCGACACAGCUGCCGCCUACCGGGAGAUCACCCAGGCCACGGCCGGACGUUUCCACUGGUUUGGAGACACAGGUAUUUACGAAAGCGAUGACAUCAAUGCCAUCGUGUCUGAGAUGGAAAAGGCUCUCAACUACUCCCAAAAGUGUGCCUUACUGGUGUCCUCACUGAAGAACCAGUCUGGGAAAGAAGUGGAAAGCUCAGCCCUCCUGAAAGAAAAACCAAAGAUGUUCAAGCAAAGAAGUCAGCCCAGGAAACUCUAUUCUUCCAAGCCCACAGCUCCCUCGGUGGCCAGAAUGAGCCUUAAAGAUGACCGUGACAGAGAGAAGAGCUCCCCCUUGGAAGCUCUGACAUGGCGGCCACUUAGUGGCAAAGCAGGCAUCCCACCAGCUUCAGCCCAGCCAGUGAAAGAAGGGACCGCAGAACGGAGGAGGAAGACCAAGUGGAGGGAAGCAGAGACAUCUCUCUCACUGUUUUAUACGGAGACGGGGAAUAACGUGGGCUCGGUCUACAAGAAAUACCCUCAAGGAAGGGGAAUACGAAGGGUUAGCUCUUCUAUCCAGUUGCCCAGGAAGGAUGCAGUUUGCUCAAGCCAAGAGUGGGUAGCAAAUUAUGGGCUCAAAAAACUGAGGAUGGAAAUCUCCAGAUACAUCGGUCCCAGCUGCACUCAUCAGAAGUCAGCCCAGGGGCUGGCGUCAGCCAAAUACUGCAACAUCCUGCCCAGUAUAGAGAUCAAUGGGGUAGUGAGACAUAUCCAGUGGACGCCCAGGGAAAUGGAAGCAUACAUCACAUGUCUGGAGAAGGUGAUGAGGCGCUAUGUCCAGAGGCUGCAGUGGCUGCUGUCUGGGAGCCGCCGAUUAUUUGGCACCAUUUUGGAGAGCAAAGUAUGCAUCCUGGUGGACACUUCGGGAUCCAUGGGCCCCUACCUGCAGCAGGUGAAGACGGAGCUGAUUCUGCUGAUUUGGGAACAGCUGCGCAAGCACUGUGACAGGUUUAACCUGCUCAGCUUUGCGGAGGACCCACAGCUGUGGAGGGACACUCUGGUGGAGACCACAGAUGCAGCCUGUCACGAGGCUAUGCAGUGGGUGACCCACCUGCGUGCUCAGGGGAGCACCUCGGUCUUGCAAGCAUUACUGAAAGCCUUCAGUUUUCACGAUGUGGAAGGAUUGUACCUCCUGACCGACGGGAAGCCAGAUACAAGCUGCAGCCUUAUUCUGAAUGAAGUCCAAAGACUCAAGGAGGAAAGAGAUCUGAAACUGCACACCAUUUCCCUGAACUGCUCAGGCAGGGCGUCGGUUGACUUCCUGAGAAAUCUAGCCUCCCUCACGGGGGCCCGCUAUCACUGCCCUGUUGAUGAGGACACACUCUUCAAAAUCCACGGCCUGCUGACCAGGGGCUUCGUGGACGAAAGGGACCCCAUAUUGCCACUAUUUGAAGGAGAUGAUUUGAGAAGAUUGGCCCAGGAGAUCACCAAGGCCAGAAGCUUCCUCUGGAAGGCCCAAUCCUUCAGGUCUCAACUCCAGAAGAAAAACAACACAGAACCAAAUGUCACUCUUUUCUAGAGAAGGGUUCUCAGCACACCCUACACUCCAGCCACAGAAUUAUCACUCGCUAGGAAGCCUUGCACCAAGCCCUGCCUGGAAACGCCCUUCUUACCCCCCUCUGCCUGGUGACUCCUGCUCAUCCAUCAAGGCACAACUCAUAUGGCAUCAGCUCCACUGUGAAAAUGUCCCUGGGACCCAUCAAGAGCUUGGAGCCUCCAGCCUUCCUCCCACUGCAUCCGGACCAAACAUCUGUUUUCACGGCAGUGACACUUAGCAUUUAUGAUGCCUAGCCCUCCUUACCAUGCUUCCUUACUCCCUUUGCCAACUCUUUUUCUUGGCUGUGAGCUCCCCCAGGAUAAGGCUGGUGUCCUAGGUCCCCAGAAACUGCCACAGGGGCAGACACAGUAAACUGUGAGCAUCCAGCUUAGCUGUGGGAGUCCGGCUCUAGAAACCAGCCAGAGCUUGUUAUUUCUGCCCUGGUCCCCUCACCCUCUGCUUCCCACCACCCUGGUCCAGGGCGGGUGAUGCAGAUUCACCAUCAGCCCAUCUUGGGAGCAAAAACCAGUGAGACUUACCACCUGCCCCCUACCUGUUCAACCAAACUGAAUUAAGGUCUGCCCUGCUCAAGCGGGUGAAAAUUGGGUUGGGUCCACUGGGCCAGGCGCUGCUGUGUACAUAUGAAAUGACUGUCUCAUGUAUUAUGUGGUCUGGAGUGAUUUCCUGAGAUGAGAAAAAAUUGCUUUUAUUUAAUUAAAUAGAAUCAAAAUGA